AUGACCCUAUUGGACUUCUGGGAGACACAGCGGCCUGUGAAACGGCGGCGGACUUCUGAGCAGCUGAACGAGAGUAACAAUGCAGAGGCGGAGCCCGAGAUAAAACAGCCGCCGAGUCCGAGUUCGAGUCCGAGUUCGAGUCCUUCGAUCGAUGUGAGGGACACACCUGCAGCAGAGGACUUGGGCUAUAUUCCCAGCAGCCAGACGGAUCUCGAGACGUCACUCCCUGCCAUCAAGACCGACGAGGAUGCGAUUGAAGAGUAUGAGACGUCCAAGAAUGAUACCGAGCCUGGGUUACAUGUGAGACUACGAGAUGGAGUCUGGCAGAAAGGCAAAAGCUCUAUCUAUGUUGAUGCGUUCAAUUUAGCACUCGAGACUGUGUUGGAUGAGGAAUCGCAUCUGUUCGACGAGACCGAAAUGGAAAUCUUCAGGCAAUGGCGGGAGCUAUCCUAUGAAUCCCAAUAUCUCUAUGUGCGGCUAUUCCUGCGCAAGACCUCUGCAUGGCAUCGUAUCGACAGACUGAACUAUUACUCCGAUAUCUCGGAUUUGUUCUCAGUCGCCGAAGACCUGCAGAGCGAGCGAAGUUUGCCUGACUCGAAUCUCGGAGAAAAUUUUAGAUUCGCCGAGGGCAUAGAAGAGAUAACAACGCUGGAAGAGGCGUCAUCACUUCUGUUACUCGAGGAGCUGAAAGUCUUUGCAAAGGAAGCCAAGGUGCAAGGUAAGAGUAAGAGAGAGCUGCUGGCAGGUCUUCGCGAAACGAGCCAGGCACAGAGAGGACUCAAAGACACGAACAACAGAGAUGGCCACUUCACCCAGAAGAUACUGGACUACACAGGUGGAUGUAUCCGGCUCUCGUCUAUCCCCCGUUCUCUCUUCGAACGAGUGCACCUAGUCUUCUACCGAUCAACCGAGUGGACCGAAAAAUCCCUCACAACAAUAAUCCUGGCCAAAAUGUCCAAGAGAAACUUCCCCGAGUACAUCGUCUGCCGCUCAAACUCGAUAUUCUCAUCCAGAGAGGCACUAUUAGAAUUCGAGGCCGCCAUACAAACCCAGUUUGCCAUAGAUAACAUACUCGAAUUCAACGGUCCACCUACAACUGAAUCCCUACAACAAAUCAUCGACCUAGCAAAUAAGUUCCACCCGCGAUGGAAGGAACUAGUCAACCAAGAACAACAAAAAGAAGACAGCAUCUACGAAAGCGGCGAAGGCGCUUAUCUUCGCCGGUUCUCGCCAGCAUGGGUAUUUACCAGAAUCAUCCACAAAAGCCUGCACCCGCUCGGCCGGUUCAAGGAGCAUAAACGCGAGCACGAGGUUCUCGAAGAACUUCUCGCUCAACGACUCUUCCAUGCUGCGCGGCGCGGCGCAUGGUAUCAGCGUAAAGCAUUGCUGGAAGAACAUUACAUGGCGGCUCUGACGCCGGCUGGGGGUCGCAGUGAGGAGAAUCAGCGGAAGCAUUGGAAGAGGAUUGCGUUGAAGACGUGCGAGAACGGGUUGGAAGACCCGUUGUGUCAUCUGAUCUUUCAUUAUGAUUUGCAGAAGCGGAUUACGAAGCUUGAGAAGGCUCUUCGGGUGGUUAAGCGUGAGCAGCAUGAUUUUGGUCAUGUCAUGCUUGGGAGACCGGCUGAGCGGAUUGUUGAGGGUAUCCGGAUUGAUACGGAGGAUGUGCCUCGGAAAGGGAAGGCGACUGUUUGGGUUGAUGAGAGGGAAGGGGACCUGCAGUUUGGUUACCUCUUCUACGAUAUUCUGUUUACCUACGUGCCCAACGUCUUCCAGACGGCAUUUCAGACAUGUCCGCUGGAUCUACACACGGAUGUUUUCUAUCCGUCUCGUGCAUCUGAAAUCAAUCAUCGGCUGGUUGAGAUUACGAAUGGUAACGCAGAGCGUAUUAUCCGUGAGAUCCAUUCUCGGGAAGGCGAAGCGCAGCCCUGUGCUGUUGGUCUUGACUGGUCCUUUGAUCUGGAGGACUUGGUUGAGAUCGUGCAAUGUUUCCGCGGCGAAGCUCUUGCUACCAUUUGCAAGGUCAUGGCACAGGAGUAUCAACAGCGCGGCGGAGGCAUCCCAGACUUGUUCCUUUGGAAUUAUGAGACCCGGACGGUGAUGUUUGCUGAGGUCAAGUCGGAGAAUGAUCGGCUGAGUGAUACUCAACGCCUAUGGAUUCAUAUCCUCUUGUCUGCAGGGGUCAAGGUCGAGCUUUGUAAUGCCGUUGCGAGGGAAGUUAGAACGGAGUGA